AUGAAAUCAGCUGUGGGCACAAAGGGUCUGCUGGGUCGAACCUUGGUCAUCUUGGUGGAAAUGAGACAGGGUGAAGCCAAGGACAUUCACAUCGACAAUCUGCGCGAUGGCCUCAAAAGUCAUCUUAUCGCUGGUGGCCAGGUUGGUAGGAAGGCAUCCGAAUACGCCGGCAUUGUUGACGAAACAGGCCACGGAGGACAGGCCGUUAAUGGUAUUUCCGAGUUUAUCAAAACUCUCGACCAAUGA